UUUGUCGAAGGAAGUAAUAAACUUUCCACGUAAGUACUUCAAACAAGUUGAGAAUAAAAGGGUUACGUCAGAGCCCCAACUCCUAAACACACACACAUUCUUUCUCUUUCUUGGAUCGUCAAAGCCCUUGCUUUUGUUAGCUAAUUGACGCUAACCAAAGCUACACAUCACAACCCAGACAUUGAAGGUCUCUGAGGCUUAGAGGAUCUUAUGUGUUGGCUGCUGAGAAUACUGAAGAGAAGAGGAGAACAAAUAUAAGACAAGAAAGAAGAUGAUUUUUGAAGCUAAUGCUUUGUGUUGUUUCGGUUUUUAAGAUAUUCAAGUUGAACAUCAUUCAUCAUUGUGAUAUUCUAUAUGGCUUACAUCCCUCCACACAAGCGGCAUUCAAAGGAUUCUGAGAGGCCAACACCUACUCCAGAGUCCUUGGCUCCCAUAUUUAAGAGAAAUGUACACUUGAGAGCACCAAAGCCUAAUGUUGGUAGGAGCGGAAAGAUCGUAUAUUCGAACUAUGCCAUAUCUAGAUGGUUUGCUGUUGGUUUGGAUGAUGGUAACAGCGAUUCUUCUGCUGCUCGUCUUGAGCCAGUUUCAGUUGAAUCUAUGGAGAGGAAAACAGGAGAGAAACCUGUAAUUUUGGUGAAGAGUAAUGUAGAUAAAGAGAAAAAUGAAGUGAAAGGAAGCCCAUGGUCGUCUAUCGCAGAAAAUGUUCUGCCAGACCUGUUAUCUUCCUUUGAAAUUGCAAGGGCUGAAAUAGAGAGCCAAGAUUUGAAAGAAGUAAAACCAACAUUGGUUGCUAGGUUUGGCAAAAUACUUUUUCAUGGGAGCCCUUCAAUGAACCUGGAAAGUGUCAGAAAAGAUUGCGUUACAGAGACAACAUUCAGGAAUUUGAAAAGAUCAUUUUACACAAGUCUUCCUGCUUCAUAUGUGGGAAACAUUAUGGCUGAAGUUGUCCCAAAGAUUGGAGUUGAUUUUGCAGAGGUGAAGGAUAUAUACCAUGUGAAGUUGUCUGAUAGCACACGACUGGAUUCAACAAUCUCCUGCAAAUGUACAGUAAAAGAUGAUAAAAACCUGCAGCUAUAUAAGGUUGAACUAAACCAAGUGCGUGACAUGGUUGUAGACAUAUCAUGCCCUGAUAUGGAUCUCGACUUGAGGCUGAUGCUUUGCCACAAAAGAAUCUUAACAUCUCUGACCGAUGAUGAGAUACAAAGCAUUAGAAAGCUGAUUGACUCAGCGGUUCUAGAUCCAGAUGUGAAAGGUGGGUUGAGAUGGCCGCUUGGAAAAGCAUCUACUGGGGAUAGAUACAGUGUUGUUGGUGUUUGGCACACAAUGGCUACUACUUAUCAAGGCUCAUCCAUGAGACUCAAGGUAAGAUAUGCUGAUCGAUUUGAUUUCAGAACUGCAUAUGGGGAAUCUUCGAAGGAGGUUGUCCUCAAGUUGAAAGGAAUGGUGUCAGGACUGCUGGAGCAGGAGGUUGAAACAAAUGUGAUCUCCGAUAUGCUUAAAGACACCUUAAGGUUGAUAUGGCAACACUUCUUAUGCUGCAAGUCUUUUCUUUCCUAACAUGAAGGAAUGCCUUCCCCAUGCUCUUCUCUUCUCUUUAUUGCUCACUAUCUGUGAGUUGUGUGUUUUUGAUUUUGUUGAAAAACAGGUGGUUAUAGUGUAUUAUGGCUAGCACCAAGUAGUGCCAAAAUGUGAAAUAUAUGUAUGCAGUUUUGAAGAGAAGGGAAAUGUAUCUGGUUUGCUUUCUUGCUUUA